UGGAGAACUGAACUCUCGCUCUUUAUAUAGCUGACGUGUCUUGCGCAACCGUUCUGCGCAUCUGUAAUGGCGGCCUCCGUAUGACGUCCGGUCCGCGAUGGAGAUUAAAAAACAAACAAUAUUUGACAAUAACACACCAUCGAGGAUUGCACCAUCGCAUCAAACGAUGUGUCGUCAAUUAUGUGUAGCCCGGUGAAAUAAGUAGAUUACCAGACUAAUAGUUUAUUUAAUUAUUUCUGUUACAGUAAUUGUCAUAAUAUUCAUUAUUAUGAUAGUAUAUAAAUCCUAUUUGUUAUUUAAAUAUAGGUCACCCAAACUUAAAAGCAAACUGCCUGUUUACGCAAGUUAGGUUGUGUUUGUGUUCAUGCCAUUUCAUUGGUCAAUUAAACAAAUUGGCAUUGCAUAGUCGAAUGUGAUUGGCUGUUGUUGGAGAGAGGUUUUUUCCCCCCCGGGAAAAAGAAAGGAGGAGGAGUGAGAAAAAGACUGAGCGGAACGGACGUAUGCGGUAUCCUUCCGAAGGAAUUGACGGUGUUGUUGGUCAAUAAUUGGCUAAGACUACAGCGGUAUGUGUGAAGAUACGUACUGACUCUCUUAGUUUUGCCGAGUCGGGAAAGUUUUGUUUGUAGCAAGAGGAGCGAGCUUGGAACCGGAACUUAGCAAGGCCGUAGCAACCGCGGUUAACGUCUGAGCUACGUUGCCAUCUCGUUGCCACGCACUCAAGCUACUCGACGACCGAGACCAUCUCGUUGCCACGCACUCAAGCUACCCGACGACAGAGACCAUAUCUUGCCACGCACCCAAGCUACGGACAACCGAGACUGUUUAUUGCCACGUACUCAAGCUGCAAAAAACCGACGAGGAAUUUUAGCUUUGCUGAGUAGUGAGCAAGGCGGGGAACAGGCCUGCAACGGGGUGGUGCGGACUGAGUCGUGAGUACGGAGUGUGCGUGUGUGUGUGAGUGGGCCCACUACACUAAAAUUCUGAGCGUGUGUGUAUCCGUGUGAGCGUGUGAAAAGAAGUUUGUCUUUUGCCAUUGUUCUAUGUGGAUUUAUUUUCGUUUGUGUAUUAAAAUAUGGCUCGUUCUAAUUUCGCCAAUACGUUAUAGUUGCUCUGGGUCUCAUUUUAGCUAGUGUUUGGUUGGUUGGUAGUUUUCACCGACCUCACUUAAUUAGGUGAACCUUCGUGGUAUCCACCUGAGGGCAAACCGGACCCAAGCACCCACCAUUCUCUGGUAAGUUCUACACUGAGUGGUUUAAAAGGGUGCUACAUAAAAUGGAGGCACCGCUGGGAUAAUUUAGCUCUAAAAUAGUUAUAAAAUAGCACUACAUUUAACUAAAUUUAGUUUGACCCAGAGAAGUGUAGGUUUAAUAGUAAUAAGAAAAUAAAAUAAUUCUGUAUUCUUUACCCUUAAGUUAGAGUCACCUUAACGAAGCCUUAGUUUUCCCCUUGAAAUUUAAAUGCUACUUGUAAAAACUAAAGCCUGUCAAAUUUAGUCCUGACAAGUGAUCCAAGUAACUGCACAACCAGGGGAGAUGGCUCAGCUGAAGAACUGGUGUAUUGGAGAAGGCAUAGACCUGGCCAACGCUUUGCUGUUGAAAGACGUUCCUGCAGAGGCUGAAACAAAUACCAUUGAAGAAACAUUGCAGACAAUCAAAGCACUUGGAAGAGUCAAAGUGAGAGGAAGGAUGUUUGACCCACAUUCUCAAAGCCUAACUGUGCUGUGUGAGUGCAAAGAGAAGGUCAAUACCAGCGCAAUUCCUGUUGAUGUAUUUCCCGAAUGUUCUGUUGGGCCAUGGAGGAUCUUUGUAGUUUCUGCACUAGAGAAUGAGGCAGCCAGUGAUGGUCCAAGUGUGCCACAAACCCAUCCUAGUUUGAUUCCACCACUGCAAGCGUCCUCUCCUGAGGCUAUCAUCAAAGCUGUUGGUGAAAUCUUGAAACAGACACAACAGCCCACCAGCAGUGACAUCAGCCCAUUCAGGAGACUGCGGACCUUCUCAGGGGUUACGCCCACACCAUCGGGAGAAGAACAGUUAGAAAAUUGGAUUGAACAAGCCAGACUCAUGAUUGAGGAAUGUGAACGUCCGGAAAGAGAAAAGAGGAUGAGGAUUAUGGAAAGUGUAAAAGGUCCUGCGCUAGAGGUCCUGCAAGCUGUCCGGUUCAAUGACCCCAGCGCAACGUCCACUGAAUUCCUGGACAUCCUCGAAAAUACAUUUGGUACACCAGAGAGCGGAGAAGAACUUUAUUUUACCUACAGAAUGCUGUGCCAACACCCAAGUGAGAAACUAUCCGAGUUUUUGAGGCGCAUGGAGCGCGUCCUGAAUAAAGUCGUCCAAAAAGGGGGCAUAAGGGUAGAUCACACAGAUCGCGCUCGCAUCGACCAGCUCAUCAAAGGAGCCAGCAGAUCUGAUUUUAUGAUCCUGAACCUCCGACUGAGAGAACGACGUGAUAAUCCGCCCACUUUCCUGCAGCUACUCACUGAGAUACGUCAGGAAGAGGAGCAUGAAGCUUCACGCCGCAGACUACAACCGUCCAAAGCAGUUUAUGCAAAAAGUGCCAUGUUAACCUCAGACACUGAGAUCACAGGGUUAAAGGCAGAAAUAGACCAACUCAAAACGCAAGUAUGUGAGCUCACUACGUCCUCAUCAAUGCCAUGUGGGAAUAUGACAAGUUUUUUCCCGUCUGUCGAUAUAAAAUCAGAGAGCUCAGAAGAUAAAAACGUACAAGCCCUAAAGAAAGAGGUGGUAAAGCUCAGAAAACAAGUCUCAGCAAUGUCAAUUAAGCCCAAGUACAGUUCCGCCUCUGAGAACCGUCAAAGAGAAACUCCGUCUAAGCCCCAGCAGCAAAGAACUUUCACUUCCAGAAACUCAAGUGAUUUCUUUUGUUACCGGUGUGGCGAAGAUGGGCACAUUGCAACUAAAUGUAUUGCUCCAGAGAACUACCCCAAAGUAAUACAGAAACUCCUACAAGCUCAAAGAAAGUCCACGCAAGGUCAAAGACCUGAAGAGGCAAGAGAAAAUAAUACAAAUGCAAAUGUGAAGAGGAGUUCUGUCCACAUGCAGACCUACAGUUUGCCAGAAGGUCUCGUUGGACCUCCUUCUACUGCCCAAGUAACUAUUAAUGGCAACCCCUGCACGGCACUCAUGGAUAGCGGCUCCCAAGUUACCAUCAUUUUUGACAGCUGGUACAGUGAAAAUCUGUCACAUAUCCCGCUGAACCCGGUGACUGGUCUGUCCAUAUGGGGCCUGAGUGACUCAAAAGAUAGUUACCCCUAUAAAGGCUAUGUCCAAGUUGAGUUGGAGCUGCCAGACAAGUCAAAAUGGAACAAAGCCAAGGCUGUGUCUGUUCUGGCUUUGGUGUGUCCUGACCCUCGUUGUUCCGAGACAAUACCCGUUCUUAUUGGCACCAAUGUCAAGGGUGUUCGGCCUUUUCAGUCAAACUCUACUCAGAAAGUCCGGGAAAAUGUAAAGUCCGUUAAAGUUCAAGUGCACAAAGAAAACUACUCACCUUCUUCUGAAAAAGAAAGUCCCGAAGACGACACCAACUUACCUGUUGCUGAUGUAAAAUGGGCAGGUCCUGGUCCUCUCAUCAUAGCCCCUGGCACAGAACACAUUGCCAUUUGUCGAGUCAAAGAAAGGAAAACCCUUGGAGACAGUAUACUCCUCACUGAACGUGCUCACUCACCUUCUCUUCCUCCAAGUGUCCUAGUCCAACCAACGGUGUUAUUCUCUAAGAUGUUAGACCCCAACAAGUUUCUGGUGCUUCUGCGAAAUGAGUCUCUAAAGUCAACUGCUAUCCCUAUGGGGACUGUGAUUGCACAUUUGCAUGUCGCUGAUGUUGUGACUGAUACACCAAGCUCCCAUGCCAAUAUUGUUCCAGCUAUGGACCCCUGCGUGUUUAACUUUGGUGAUUCAGACAUCAGCGAAGAAUGGAAAGAAAGACUCAGUACAAAGCUAGCUCAGCAUCCCAAUGUGUUUUCUACAGAGGAGUGGGAUGUGGGUUUGGCAAGAGGAGUAGUGCAUAACAUACGGGUAAACAAUAACACUCCUUUCAGAGAACGGUCUCGGCGCAUUGCGCCUGCUGACUUGGAUGAUCUCCGGCGUCAUCUACAAGGUCUGCUGGCUGCUGGAAUCAUAAAGGAAUCAAGGAGUCCAUACGCAUCCCCGAUUGUCCUGGCACGUAAAAAGAAUGGCCAACUUCGCAUGUGUGUCGACUACCGCACCUUGAACCGCAGAACCAUUCCCGAUCAGUAUGCCGUGCCUCGCAUUGACGACGCCCUUGACUGUUUGUCCGGCAGCAAGUGGUUUUCGGUGUUGGAUUUGCGCAGCGGCUACUACCAAAUCCCAAUGGCCGACGAGGACAAAGAAAAAACAGCAUUUAUAUGUCCUCUGGGUUUUUUUCAGUUUGAGCGGAUGCCACAGGGAAUUACUGGUGCCCCUGCAACGUUCCAGAGACUGAUGGAGAAGACUGUUGGGGACAUGCACAUGCUAGAAGUUAUUGUUUAUCUGGACGACCUGAUUGUGUUUGGCAAAACAUUAGAGGAACACGAACAAAGACUUCUCAAAGUCAUUAACCGCCUUGAAGAAGCUGGGCUCAAGCUGUCUCUGGAUAAGUGUCAGUUUUGUCGCCCUCAAGUGAACUAUGUUGGGCACAUCGUCUCAGAGCAUGGAAUUGCCACAGACCCCGCCAAAGUUGAAUCUGUGACCAAGUGGACGCAACCUACAGACCUCACAUCUCUCCAGUCUUUCUUGGGGUUUUGUGGUUAUUACCGUAGAUUCAUCAAAAACUUUUCCAUCAUCGUUCGUCCGUUAACCGAGCUAUGCAAGGGUUAUCCUCCAACACAAAAGAAGACAAAAUCAAAUCCUUCACCAGACAAGAACUAUUACAAAAAAGAAGAGCCUUUCGGUGAUCGGUGGGACAAGUCCUGUUCAGAGGCUUUCCAAAGGAUCAUCCACUGCCUCACAAGUGCUCCUGUGCUGGCAUUCGCUGACCCGACCAAACCUUACAUGCUUCACAUCGAUGCAAGUUAUCAAGGUUUGGGUGCCGUUCUAAAUCAGGAGUACCCAGAAGGGUUAAGACCAGUCGCUUUCGCCAGCCGCAAGCUAAGUACAUCUGAAAAGAACUAUCCAGUACACCAGCUGGAGUUUUUGGCACUCAAGUGGGCUGUAGUCGACAAAUUCCACGAUUAUUUAUAUGGAGCUCAGUUUACUGUGAGAACAGACAACAACCCGCUCACCUACAUUCUCACGACUGCCAAACUCAACGCAACAGGACAUCGUUGGCUCUCCGCCUUGUCCACUUACAAUUUUACCCUGCAGUAUAGACCAGGCCGGAACAAUAUAGAUGCUGAUUCACUCUCGCGAAACCCCGUUUCCGAUACCAAACAAGAAUGGCAAAGUGUGUCUCUGGAGUGUGUCAAAGCUCUCUGCCAACAAAUUACUUGCAGAGAAACCCAUAAAGAGCCCACAACCGUCGCAGAAUCGCUCGGAGUGUCCCCAGACGCCAUUCCUGAGUCCUUCGUCUACCCAGUUCGGCUGGAUCUUGGUUCAUUAACACAGUUCAGUCGUAAAGAUCUCAUCCAAGCUCAAGACCGUGACCCUAAUAUUGCCCCAGUCAAACAGUCACUGAGUGGUGGUACACCAUUUGCCACUUUUGAAAACCCGAUUUCCACACUGUUGAAUAAAGAAGCAAGCAAGCUUAUAAUAAGAGAAAACCUGCUCUACAGAAAUGUGCAAAGAAAUGGGUCCCCAGUGCACCAGCUAGUUCUACCCAAAGAGUAUGUCACCAUGGUUCUGAAAUCCCUACACGAUGAGUCUGGUCACCUAGGCAUAGACAAGACACUUGAACUUAUCAGAGAUCGAUUUUACUGGCCCAAGAUGGGUGCCGAAGUGGAGCAGUAUGUAAAAAACUGUGGCCAUUGCAUCACCCGCAAAGCCCUGCCCCAAAAAGCUGCUCCUUUGAAUCAGAUAACCAGCCAAGGGCCUUUAGACCUCGUGUGUAUCGAUUUCCUGUCACUUGAACCAGACUCUCAAGGUUAUGCUAACAUCCUGGUAGUGACUGAUCAUUUUACCCGCUACGCUCAAGCCUUUCCAGCCAAAGACCAGAAAGCCAUGACUGUAGCCAAGAUUCUGUGUGAACGGUUCUUUGUACAUUAUGGUCUCCCUGCCCGCAUACAUUCCGACCAAGGGCGGGAUUUUGAAAGCAAGUUGAUCCAAGAUCUCCUGAGGAUGUUAGGCAUUCGAAAAUCCAGAACAUCUCCUUACCAUCCUCAGGGGGAUCCUCAACCAGAAAGAUUCAACCGUACACUUUUGUCAAUGCUAGGCACUCUUGAUACCAAGCAGAAGCAAAAGUGGAGUCAAAAGAUCAGUCAACUGGUUCACGCCUACAAUUGUUCACAGAAUGAAGCCACUGGUUACUCACCCUAUCUGUUGAUGUUUGGCCGAGAAGCUCGUCUACCAGUUGAUGUUUGUUUUGACGUGGCCGAUACCAGUCCAAAAGGCAAGUCCUAUCACCAGUAUGUAGCCAAUCUCAAGAGGGACCUCCAAAGAGCCUACACACUAGCUACAGAGACAUCGGACAAAAACCACCAAAGAAACAAGAGAGCACAUGACAAGCAUGUCAAAGAACAAGUUCUGGACAAAGGUGACCGAGUUCUGAUGAGAAAUUUUGGAGUUCAAGGCAAACAAAAACUGAGAUUUAAAUGGAGACCCUCACCGUAUGUGGUGGUGGAAAAACUGUCGAACCUACCAGUCUACAAGAUUAAGCCGGAGAGAGGCAUGGGAGUGGAGAAGACCAUCCAUCGUAAUCAUCUGUUACCCAUCGGUUACCUCGUGAGACUCCCUGUGGACAAGGGUGAUGAGCAGCCACAACGGAGGCAUGUAACCAGAUCCCAACAAAAGACAAAAGAACAGCCACAGUCACCCAACCACGAGGAAGGACUGUCCUCUGAGUCUGAUUACGAGGAGGAACAGUGGUCAAACUACUGGAAGAUUGACUGGGACAAGUUACCGACACCUCCCGAGUUGCCAAUAAGCCAAUCUCUACCAGUCUACGACAUGCCAAGACCAGCUCAAGACGAGGCUGAUGCACAGUCAAUUGUCAGUGAGAGUCUAAGCCUGCCUCCCAAUGCUGACCCAGAAGUCAACGAUUUAGAGGGGGAAACAGAGCUCAACUCAAGUCAGAGAACUGAAGGGGAAAUUCAGAAAGUGGAACGUUCUAAGAGAGUCACUCGUCCAGUGGUCAGGCUGAGUUAUGAUGAACUUGGAGAACCCUGUGACCAUCCAGUUAUUGUUUUAAGCCAUGGAGUGUUGGUGGGAAGUGGGCUUUACAGCAACUCCAGAAGAAGCUCAUGUCAAACCCUCUGGUGCCACCCCCUGGCGUUGUGUUUCACUUGUUCAAAUUCGGCCUUUUCCCUUUAAACUUGCAGACUAUAUUAUAUCUGUAAGUCCUUUUUUGAUGAGGACAUCAAAACCUUUUAGAAGGGGGAGAGUGUAGCCCGGUGAAAUAAGUAGAUUACCAGACUAAUAGUUUAUUUAAUUAUUUCUGUUACAGUAAUUGUCAUAAUAUUCAUUAUUAUGAUAGUAUAUAAAUCCUAUUUGUUAUUUAAAUAUAGGUCACCCAAACUUAAAAGCAAACUGCCUGUUUACGCAAGUUAGGUUGUGUUUGUGUUCAUGCCAUUUCAUUGGUCAAUUAAACAAAUUGGCAUUGCAUAGUCGAAUGUGAUUGGCUGUUGUUGGAGAGAGGUUUUUUCCCCCCCGGGAAAAAGAAAGGAGGAGGAGUGAGAAAAAGACUGAGCGGAACGGACGUAUGCGGUAUCCUUCCGAAGGAAUUGACGGUGUUGUUGGUCAAUAAUUGGCUAAGACUACAGCGGUAUGUGUGAAGAUACGUACUGACUCUCUUAGUUUUGCCGAGUCGGGAAAGUUUUGUUUGUAGCAAGAGGAGCGAGCUUGGAACCGGAACUUAGCAAGGCCGUAGCAACCGCGGUUAACGUCUGAGCUACGUUGCCAUCUCGUUGCCACGCACUCAAGCUACUCGACGACCGAGACCAUCUCGUUGCCACGCACUCAAGCUACCCGACGACAGAGACCAUAUCUUGCCACGCACCCAAGCUACGGACAACCGAGACUGUUUAUUGCCACGUACUCAAGCUGCAAAAAACCGACGAGGAAUUUUAGCUUUGCUGAGUAGUGAGCAAGGCGGGGAACAGGCCUGCAACGGGGUGGUGCGGACUGAGUCGUGAGUACGGAGUGUGCGUGUGUGUGUGAGUGGGCCCACUACACUAAAAUUCUGAGCGUGUGUGUAUCCGUGUGAGCGUGUGAAAAGAAGUUUGUCUUUUGCCAUUGUUCUAUGUGGAUUUAUUUUCGUUUGUGUAUUAAAAUAUGGCUCGUUCUAAUUUCGCCAAUACGUUA